CUAGUUCCAUUUGUUACAAAAUGUGUCUAAAAUCUGCGUUCAUCUUCCUACUCGCCGAUUGCCUCGGCCUCGGGACAGCGCAACGCCACCAGCGGCGCAGGCCGCCCCAAUGUCCGGUUCCGGCGUCUCAACUUGCCAAGGCAAUAAAAUGCCCCUGCCGCGAAACCCCAGUCCAGGCCCCACGCAAUUCACUGGGUCCUAGAAGGGCAGAUCCGUCCACUCCACGCCACCCGCCCGGCGAGUAGGCGACGCGCCCCUUCUCGGCUUCUCCCAUGCCUGGCCUCGAUUGGGACCUGAACCUGGACCCCGACCUGCAGGCCGCGGCCAGGCGCCUCAGCUUCUCCGACGCCGACUUCCCCUCCUCCCGCCGCGGGCUCUCGGACAUGAAGGUGCCGCGUCUGGAUCCGAGAAUCCACGCCACCUCGCCCAGAAAGAACCGUCUCCCGACGAUCAACGAGAAGAGCUCCGAUGAACUAGCGAUGGCGCAGGCACCCGCCCUCGAGCAAUGCACCUGGCCUCCGUCAUCUCUGGGGACGGCUGGGUGGCUGUACCAGGAGCGGGGAGAGACGCUGACGCCCACGGGCGGUGCGCCCGUGGCGACUUUGCUUCCCCUUGCGCUUCCUGGGUCAUCGCAGUCUCAGCAAUUGCUGGAGGCGGGAGCGGCGGCGAGAACGUUGGAGCAACUGCGACAGGAGGAAUCGCUGGCGUCGUUUGGGGAGCAUCAGCAACGGUGCCAGCAGGCUUCGGCCAUGGAGGCAGGUUUGCAGCAGGCGUGGGCGGCGGCGGCGGCCGCGGCGCUGCCGCAGUCGCAGGUGCGGAUGCUGUACACGGUGGAUGGGGGUGCCGCCGGGUACGAGACCAAGUGGGACGAGCUGCACCCGGUCUGUCAGGGGCUUCUUCUUCAAAUCGAGGAAAAUAUUAGGGAGUACAGAGAUGAUAGUGAGCGGUUGGAUCAGUGCAGCCACUUUGAUGACCUAUCACCGUUCAAUUUUGAAUUUGAUGCUGGUCAGAUUAUUCAGGAGGCUGUAUCUAUUUCUACCAUCAUGAAUAGAGAGAAGAUUUCAAUUGAGAGCUUAAUGACUGUUAUCAAAGAAAUUAUGUGCAACACCGAUUUUGCUAUACGUUCGUAUGUAAAGCUGAGGCCACGGUUUGUGCGUUUAAGUACUGGAAUUGCAAAUCACUCUGGAUCUUCUGAUGCUCAGACUGAUUUCAGUCAGCUCUUGACUAUGGCACCAAGCUUUCAUCAUUGCAGUAGUGCUACAAGGCGGCCUUCUCCUUUUGUGCAACAAACAGUUGCCAGGUUUGAGGAUCAUCUUGGAGAAUGCUGCAAAUGGAUUCUAGAACUAGAACAGCUUGUCCAGAUUAAGAACGAUAAAACCUUUGCAGAAUCUUUGGAAUCUCUGUCAAAAGUUAUGUCUAAUAUCCAUGACUAUCUAAUCCAUGUGGCGUCUAAGGUGGAACAUAUUCAUCAGAGUGCUGAAACAAUGAAGACUCAGUAUCUGAAGGAUCAACAAUGCAGGGGUGAUUUGAGUAAUCCUUUUCACAAGGCAAAUAGAAGAGAGGAAGCUAAACAACAAGCAACUGCUGGAAUAAUCCAUCCGAUGUUGCAUCUAUCACCUCUAGGCCAGCCAACAACACUGGUUGCUGUGCCAAUGAUAUCAAGCCAGCUACAGCAAACUUCAUUCCCCAUUGUAGCAACUUCCCCAAGCUCUUACCCAGCUCUUCCGCUGCCUUCUGUUUUGCCUUCAUUCAGCAUGCAAACAAGUCCUGCUCCAUCAACCAACCCUUUCAGUUCAUCCGGGUCUGUGUUGCAGUCAACACCAUUUGGUUCAUUAUCCACACUUGAACUUGGAUCCAUGCCGGUUUCAUCUUUGUUCAGGACUGGCAUCCCAUCUUCUGCUACUUCGCUUUUCUCAAUACCAUACGGAGAUAAUUAUAAUCCUGGUUCUCUUAUUUGUUCAUAUAGGUGGAACGGCAGCUUCAGACAUCAAUCGUAUACCUUCUGCUGGAAGGAAGCCACCCAGAAGAAACCGCUAGCCGUGCAUUUCAUCUUCUCUUGUAUGUCCAUUUGACUCCAUCCCUUUCCCCUCCUUUUUAUUGCAGCAACUUGUGGUCAACGUGUUACCCCAUGUUUCUUUGGUCUAUUGCACGGCACAUUUUUACACUUCCACACACGUUCAAAGCUUUGACUAUUGCACAUUCCUGUUGCUACAUACUAGGACCAAAAAUUUCAGCUUCUUCAAUGGUGCAGUAGAUCAUAGAAAAAUCAGAUCAGGACCUUUGUACAGUAUACCUGUUUAGAGCAUUGGUUCAUCAAUACCAGUAUACUUCUGAAGUGGCAAGUUGCAUGCUUGUUCUGUGUUCCCGAAAAAACCCAUAAAAGCAAAAGCAGCCACAUGUGUUGUCAUGGAGGGUCCCUGAUGUGUUUAUGGCACGUUGUGAUUUCAUUAUCAAAGUCUGGUGGUUUGCCGAUCUGGAUGCUCCCUUGUUUCGUUAUUUCCUCCUUACACAGAUACUAUUAUGUAUCUGCCUCUGGGCUACGUCAGUGCUUACGGCAGUUCCUAUGUCAGAAGCCUAACAGAAAAUUAGUGGAAUUUUCAGAUGUCGAAGUUCUACUACUUGACGAUUCCUCAGCUUAUGCUUGUAUAGAAAAGCAACUUUAAUUGUUAUAUGGACCCUAUGCUGGCGAUCAUGUCAUUCAUCUUUGCCCCCUCUGAAUCGUUCUAACCACCCAUGCGGUGCCCCUUCAGACGUUGUUUAUUUCUGUUGGAAUCUGGACUGGUUCAACUCUAAUCCGAAUCUAAAUGUGUUUCCUGAAUCCUCCCUCGCAGUUUGGAGGUGUCAUGGCUGUGCGCUGCUCUCUCUUACGGCUCGUGGGCGGCAACCACGUGAGAUCUGUGACCUGAACUGGGGAUGGGGAAGCUGCGAAGAAGCAUCGCCCUGGCAAGUUGGCAACCAUUCAAC